GACACACGUGACUGAGAUGGAGCAAGAAGCAGACGACUACAUCCACACCUUGCAUUGUGGGAAAACAUUUUCCAAGUGCUACUCCCUGUACAGGCCGCUGUAUCCUGACGAUGUGUACCAAAAAAUUAUGGGAUAUCACGUGGGGUCAGGAGGUGGUCUGGAACUUGCUGUUGACGCGUGUUGUGGGAGCGGACAGAGUUCGAUUCCACUUACGGAGUAUUUUGAAAAGGUUGUAGGUGUGGACACUUCUCUUGACCAGCUGACCGCUGCCCCUACCAACGUUCCCCGUUUAACCUUUUACCUAUCCCUAGCCGAGGAGAUGUCCUUUCUUAGGCCAAAUUCGGUAGAUCUGGUUACCAUAGCAGCAGGCUUGCAUUGGGUCAAUCACAACAAUUUCUACAAGGAGGUCCAGAGAGUGUUAAAGCCAGGCGGGACGUUGGCCGCUUACUGCUAUGAUCUGGAGACUCUAGACAAUAAACGUGCUGACCGAUAUAUACAGGGGCUGAGGCGAAACGAAUUUUCUAAGUACAUGACGUCACGUGCAGAUAUCGUGUUCAGCAAAUACAGAUCGAUUCCAUUUCCUUUCACAGAUAUAAAAAGGUACGACCACAUACCUAUGUCAGCAGAUCUAACGAUAGAUGAGUACAUCGGCUACCUGUCGUCUUUUCAUUACGUCAAAGAAUAUCAACGGGACAACCAGGAUGACGACAUUUUGUCGUCUGUAAGAGAAAGGCUGACUUCUAUUUUAACGGACGAUACUUCUAGUGAGUGCAGGGUCACCGUGACAUGGGACUUGUUCCUGGUGUUAGGCAGAAGUAAAAAAAAAAUAGCCCUUAGUUAGAUAAUGCUAUAAAUAACGCGGUGUUACAAGUGUAUAUAUUUGUUAUUGAACAGUUAUGUAUAAGUGCGCUUUCGUGUGUGCAUUUCAAGUAUGAAUGCGUGUGUGUGGUGUGUGUGUAGUGGGUACUGUGUGUAGUGUGUGUAGUUUGUAGUGUGUGUGUUCAAUACCUGACUUAAUUUUCUAAAAGAGUGUUUAUGUAGAUCACUCUUAAUGUAACGCAUUAAAUGCACGUUCACAUAAAAGACAUGUUGUUGUUACAUAAUAAGUGAGUUGUGUGCACGCGCAAGAAAGAGCUGCGAUCAAUACAAAUCAUGUUCAACCCCCUACCUAUUUGUGUAAGCUAAUUAAUUAUGUGGUAAUCAUUAAAACCGAUCAAUAGAGGCACGCAUUGUUUACGUGGACUAUUGUAGCUUGAGGUAAUACCAGUAGGCUACAUUGUGAACUUUUAUUUAAGAAACUUUUUUUUUAAACUUUUCUUGUAAGAAACCUUGUUUAUACAUUACAACUAUUUCGUUAUAAACCUAUACUCAAUAGUUUUUAAUGCCUUUACAUAAACUUAAGGGAAUUAACUGAUGUUAUAUUUGUAACAUACUUGAUAUCAUUAUUAUGUUUCCAUUGCAUGCACAUUUUUAUAAACAUUUUAAAA